AUGGUUUCAAGUGAUAAUGUCGAGAACAGUGGUGGAGGUGAGAAACCUAAGGAUGGUAAAGUCGAGGGCCGGAUUCCGCUACACAUUUCAACAACUCAAGGGGAUCUUAUAACCGAUGAAAGUUCAGUAAACAGGAGUAGCGAUGAUUCUUAUCUUUCCAGAAAGCUAAGGUUUCUUAAAUUUGGUAAUUUGGCUUCACCAUCGGCAAGAUUUCAGCGCAUGGCUGAGGAGAGAGAUGAAGUAUCGCGUAAUAUACAUUCCUCUAGUAGUUUUGAUAUUCGCGAACGCUUUAAUAAGAUAUUUUCUCGAAAAAUAGAUUGGAGUUCUCUUUGGAAAAUUUGCAAAGAAUGGUUAAGGGAUCCCAUGAAUCUGGCUCUUUUUAUCUGGAUUAUCUGUGUUGCUGUUUCUGGUGCUAUUUUAUUCAUGGUCAUGACUGGAAUGUUGAACCAUGUCCUCCCAAAAAAGUCGCAACGAGAUGCUUGGUUUGAAGUCAAUAACCAAAUCCUCAAUGCACUUUUCACACUCAUGUGUCUAUACCAACACCCAAAACGCAUAUAUCACCUUGCAUUACUAUUGAGAUGGAGGCCAGAAGACAUUUUAAAACUCAGAAAAAUUUACUGCAAGAAUGGAACCUAUAAACCAAAUGAAUGGGCACACAUGAUGGUGGUUGUGAUUCUGCUCAACAUUAACUGUUUCGCUCAAUAUGCAUCGUGCGGUCUUAACUUGGGAUACAAAAGAUCUGAACGACCUCCUAUUGGGGUCGGAAUAUGUAUCACUGUCGCAAUUGCUGCCCCUGCAAUUGCCGGCAUUUACACCAUGCUUAGCCCUCUCGGAAAAGACUACGAGACAGAGAUUGAUGAAGAAGCACAAGUUCAGGUUUCUGAUGUAAGUAGCCAACUGGAUCAUUCAAGAAGAAUAUCAUUUGAAAAGAGAUUUUCAUUUGCAAUGAGAGAUGAUGGAAGAACUGUUGAAACUAAUCCUCAGUGGAGUGGAGGUAUUCUUGAUUUUUGGGAUGAUAUUUCCUUAGCAUAUCUCUCGUUAUUUUGUAGCUUCUGUGUUUUUGGAUGGAACAUGGAGAGACUUGGGUUUGGUAACAUAUAUGUUCAUAUCGUGACUUUUCUUCUAUUUUGUAUCGCUCCAUUUUGGAUUUUCAAUCUGGCUGCUAUUGAUAUUGAUAAUGAAGCUGUCAGGAUGGCAUUAGGUCUAACCGGGAUUUUCCUUUGCAUAUUUGGGUUACUCUAUGGUGGCUUUUGGAGGAUUCAAAUGAGGAAGAGAUUCAAUUUGCCUUCGUAUAAUUUUUGUUGUGGUAAAGCAGCUAUCACAGAUUUUGCCUUGUGGAUUUUCUGCUGUUGGUGCUCUCUAGCUCAGGAAGUCAGGACUGGGAAUUCUUAUGACAUUGUGGAGGAUAAGUUUUACAGGAAAAAAGGUGACCAGUUGCCAAUAUCGCCUUUGCCUCAGGAAGACGGGGAAAUUCAAUCUAGUUCCAUCCCAGGUUCCUCUCUUGGGAAGAGCUCGUCCCCAUCGCAUUAUGUGAAAGCUUAUUCCUCAAGUCCCACCCGGUUCUCAGAGGAAUACUGCAGUAAAGGCAAGCAGCUUUCUUUAAGUGCAGAAGAAUCAAGUACACGAGGUAACGAUGAAACAUUGAUACCUCCCAUUGCUUUAGUAAUACAAAGAUAA